AUGCUAUCCAACGAUUGUUUCGACUCAACAUAUUCAGGUACAUCAAACUCACCUCUGACAACUGACGAAAACGAUCCCUUAAUCUUCAAAACAGCACGUGUUCGAUUGCGUGAUGGAGUCGAGCUGGCAGUUGAUUAUCUCGUCGUAUCAAAUACCGGACGUUUUCCAGUAAUUCUCGAAUUGACACCUUAUGGACGAGGACCUGACCGAGUGAAUUAUCGGUAUGAAGCUUCAUAUUGGUGUGAGCAUGGCUAUGCAUUUGUUAUUGCUGAUUGUCGAGGUACAGGUGACUCGGAUGGUGAAAUGGCAUUUUUCAGUCGUGAAGGUCAAGAUGGAUAUGAUCUGGUCGAAUGGAUUGCGAGUCAAUCAUGGUCCAAUGGUCGUAUUGGAAUGCGUGGUUCGUCCUAUACUGGAACUAAUCAGUGGUUUAUUGCGCGAGAACAACCGCCGCAUCUCUCAUGUAUUACGCCGAGUGCUACCCUUGGCCGCCCAAUGCAAGACAUCCCAUAUCGUGACGGUGCAUUUGGAGUCGAUUGGGCGAUCAACUGGAUUAAUUAUGAUUUAAAUAUUAACGUAUCGCAGAUAAAUGAGUCGCAUCCUGAUCCUAUGAUGUGGCUUAAUCACCAGCCGCUUCGAACAUUGGAUCUCUAUGCAACAGGAAAGAAUUUAGUACUUUAUCAUACAUUUCUUGAUCAUCCAACAUAUGAUAGUUUCUGGCGCAGUAUCGAUUUUCUCCAGGACGACUUUGCACGUAUCACUAUUCCAUCGCUUGCUUUCACUGGGUGGUUCGAUGGUACUAUGUUUGGAACAAUCUGGCAUUUUCAAGGAGCGCGUUAUCAUGCACCACGAAGUGCUAGUCAAUUUCUUAUUAUUGGUCCGUAUACGCACGGAAAUGCGCCUGAUGGUGGCUACAAUUAUCAAACGGGAAAACCGAUGAUAACAGUUGGAGAUCUUUCUGUCGCCGAAAAUGCAGUGCUACCAGGUUUGAAUAUGACACGUGAAUUUUUUGAAUGGUGCUUAAAAGAUGGUCGACGACCAGAUUGGAAACCAGCUAGAAUCUAUAUAACUGGAAGUAAUCAAUGGAUGACACGAGAUAUUUUUCCACCACCAGAAGCUUACGAGCGAUCAUUGUUUUUGACCAGUGAAGGACAUGCUAAUAGCAUAGAAGGGAAUGGUCGACUACAAUGGGACGUACCAAGUAUAACUGCAAUGGAUACCUAUGUUUAUGAUCCUACUAAACCAGUCAUAAGUCAAAUGAAUAACAAACAUAUUAGCUUGCCUAUAGAUAUCAAUGCGUAUCUUGAUCGUAACGAUAUUCUUGUGUACACUACUGAACCAUUGAAUAAGCAAAUUACGGUGGUUGGUGAUAUUGUCGUUGAAUUGAUAAUCUCGAGUACGGCACGUGAUACAGAUUUUGUAAUCGAAUUAAUGGAUGUGAUGACUGACGGACGCUCGAUCAAACUCGGUUCUAAAACUGCAAGUCAACUUCGUACACGCUAUCGUGAUGGCUUUGAUCAAGAAAUAUUGAUGUCUUCCAAUGAGACUUAUCUCAUUCGAAUUGAUUUGCAUGCUAUUGGACAUACGUUUCUUCCCCAACAUCGUAUUAGAUUAGCAAUUAUGAGCAGUUUUUUUCCUUGGAUCAAUGUAAACCCGAAUACUGGUGCACCAAUCGCUUCUGAUAUACAACCGCCUAUCGUAGCGAAUCAAACUAUUUAUCACGGAUCUCACCGAACAUCUCGAAUUCGUAUGAUGUUGAUCGAUGAUCCGACAUUUGAUAAAUAA